AUGGGAAAAAAGGAUCACCGUGGGCGUGUCAAGGCAACAGGUGGAGUUAAUGUCGGUUACAAAGUUGCUUUCGGUCCAAUAGACCGAAGUAGUAGAUGUGGCCAUAUUGAACCAUCACCGGAGGCUAUCGAAUCAAUCAGAGCUUCGGUGAGAAGGGAGUUUGAAGAUCAAUUAGAGAGAAAGGUGGCGGAGGCCCUCCAAAACCAACUAGCCACAUUGAAAGCAACCGGUCAACUACACACCCUCUCUACCCCCGCACUUGAUUCUGCUCUUGUAAGUGAUGAGUUUGAUGUUAACCGUGCACUCGUAACCUGUUGUCCGAGUUCAUCGCAGCAACCACGCGAGCUGAAGGCCAUAACUCCAUGUCGUCUUGCCCUUGAGGAUAAAGUUUUGGGUAACAAAGUGAUAGUGGCAGAUGGUAUGGCGUACCCAUUGGAUGGUUCGUUGCACCAACACUUUAGAUCGAUGAAGCCUAGUCAUUAUAAGGUCCAAGUUGAUUGUAUUUACGACGGACAUGAUGAUGACACUCUUCCGGUACCUACUGGAGAUGGAUUCAAUAACUUAGGCAGGGCUCUUGCUAGUUUUGUGCAAUGGCCAAUUCACUUGGUGAUUUUCGAAGAAGACGAGGAGUACUCUACUCCACGCCCAACAAAGAAGUCCAGGAGUCAGAUUUUUGAAGAGGUGGUUGGUAGCUCCAAAGAGAAGAAAAACGAAUUAAUUGUCAAAGAGAAGACAACAGAAUUAGUUGUCAAAGAUAAGACAACAGAAUUAAUUGUCAAAGAGAAGGCAACACUUGAUUUAGGGUCCAAAGAGAAGACAACACUGAAGUUAACGGCCAAGGAAAAUUCAUGCUCAAAUAAGUUGGAGUCGAAAUCGAAGUCGAAGAACUCUAAGACGGCCAAAGAGAUGGUAGGUAGUUGUGAUCGUAAAACUGAAGAAUCAGCCGCCAAAAGUAAGAAGCAAAAUUUGGCAGACGACACAAUUCAAGGUCUUGGCCCAUCAUGCAAUUAUUUGAAGUUUAUCAUCAAUACGGCGCCCGGUGAUGUAUAUAAAAAUACUUCAAUCCCAUUGCCCGCUUCGGUUUGGCAUUAUGACGAAGAUCGACAAACUUAUGUAAAUGAGGUUGACGUUGAAGAGUUCCUUAGAGGGGCGUGCCUCAACAUUUCAGUGAUCCAAGUCUAUAUGAUGUGUUUAUUCCACGAACACACCUUUGCAUUUGACAACUCUCAGAUUGGGUUUGUUUGUCCCGAGGCAAUGUCAAGCUCUAGAAUCAAGGCCAACCCUCAGGCUGCAUCAAUGUAUUUGAAAGUAGUUUUCAAUGCUGAAAUUGAAAAGGAGAAGAAGGGUGAUCCUAACAUUACCAAGUGGUUUUUGAUCCCAUACCAUCAAGAAAAUCAUUGGAUUUUGUACGUGUUAGACCUACGUAGAGGUUGUGCGUAUAUUUUCGACUCUGCGAUAGGUUCCAACCGAGAAAAUAGUGCAUGGGGAAUCUUGUGUUUGGCAUACCAAGUGUACAAGUUUAAUGAUGGGAUUUGUCCGAAUAGAGCGACUAUGCAGGGGUUGAAAGGCUUCCAUGUAAAGUGUGCUCAACAAGUCGGCGCCCGCGAGUGUGGCUAUUACGUUAUGAAGUUCAUGCAUGAAAUAGUCACGUUACACCAUAACACUGAUGAGCGGUUAGACAAUGCUUACACUCCAAGAAAUGCGCCUUAUACCGAUGAGGAAAUAGAUGUGGUUCGUGAGCAAUGGGCUAAGUUUUUUACAACCGAGUAUUUAUUUACUUAGGUUGUUUAGACACAAAGAUGGAAGCGUUUAUAUCUUCAUGGAUUUGGUAAAGUUCUUUAAUUUUUCCAUAAUUACAAGUCUGCUGGAUUUGCUAAUUUAUUGCUUUGAAUACUAAUCUGCUGGUCUUGCUGCUGUUGCAUGUGAAUUCUGAUCUGGUG